AUGUCGGAGGUGGAGGCCAACGCCGGUGGCAGGGGCAAGGAGCAGGACCGAUUCCUGCCUAUCGCCAACAUCGGGCGCAUCAUGCGCCGCGCGGUGCCGGAGAACGGAAAGAUCGCUAGGGACGCCAGGGAGUCCAUCCAGGAGUGCGUCUCCGAGUUCAUCAGCUUCAUCACCAGCGAGGCGAGUGACAAGUGCGUCAAGGAGAGGCGAAAGACCAUCAACGGCGACGACAUCAUCUGGUCCUUGGGUACGCUCGGCUUCGAGGAAUACGUUGAGCCCCUCAAGAUCUACCUCAACAAUUACCAGGAGACAGAGGGUGACACAAAGGGUUCAAAGUCUUCUGAUCAGAAUGGAAAGAAACAGAUGCUACUCAAUGGUGAACUUGGAUCAUCGUUAGGGUAG